AUCAUACUUACUUAAUUAUCCUUAUAGCGUUCCAUAUUUGAAAAGCAACGUUUUUGUCAAACUUGGCAAAGUAGACAUGUGCAUUUAGGAUAUAUAUAGUUUAAUGGUUCAUAAAAGGAAGAAUUCCGUUCAUCGUUGUGGACUAUUUGGUCUCCGUAAAAAAUCAGAGAGUCGCUCAUCUUUUACAUUCGCAGCGCGAGUCAUCUAACAAACCUGUUAAUAAAAAGAAAUUGCUACGCAUUUUUAAAUACAAACAAAUAUCAACUUUGCUGCGAAGUAUAAGUUGUCAAUUAAAAGUCAUAUUUUAAAAGUGAUUGAAACCAUAAUUUAGACCUGCCAAAGUAUGCCUAUCAAAGUGCAUUACUUUGCGUGUUUUUCUUUCCAUGUUAGUGUGUUAUGAUUUUCUUUUAGGGGGUCCACAGUAUUGUGUAUGUGAUGACGCCGGAAUUAGCUCCAAAGAAGCAUAAUAAUUACCUUUCUUUACUUCUUAUUUUUUCUUUCCUGACAUCCGUUGCUGCUGGAGGCGGUAUAUGUUGGGCAACGAAAAGUUGGUGGCAGUCACAACUCUACACAUCUUUAUCUCUGGUUAUACCGCUAUGCCUGAUGUAUUUCUUUCUUCCUGAAUCAUUUCGAUGGCUUGUCGUUCAUAAGAAAUAUAAACUACUUAAUCAAUAUCUGACAAAAGCUGCAAAGAUGAAUAAUGUGACUUUACUUUCACUGUCAGUUAUCCACAGUGGCGAAACUAUCAAAGGUGUGAAACCAAUAAACAGAAAACGAAUAUCAACAAAAAAGUUGUUUUCAUACAAAGAGCUUCGAAGAAGAUUACUGGCCAUGUUUUUUGCUUGGACAUCAGCAGCUAUUGGAUAUUACACACUAUCGCUGUCCAUGGAAUCCGUCUCUUCAGAUCCGUACUUAGCUGUAAUGAUCGGAGCUUGUUUCGAUACUGUUCCGGUAGUGAUAGCCUUCUUUACCUUGAAUAGGUUUGGCAAAAGACGUGUAAUACUGGCUUUUAUGAUCAUUGGUAGCUUGCUUUGUAUUUCCUACAAGAUUUUUAAUCAUAUCGGUAAGCUGUUAUGCACUCUUCCUGCAUCUUUGCAAAUAUUUAAACUGAAAAAUUAA